ACUGUAAUCGAAGAAGGGGGAGGCAGGAAGGCCAGUUGGGAAGCAAAAUGCAAUAAUCCAGGUAGCUUGGACCUGGAGGUAGUGAGAAGUGGUCAGUUUGUGGAUAUAUUCUGGAAGCAGAGAUAACAGGAUUUGCUAAUGGAGUGUGCAUGGAAUUUAAAAGAAAGAGAGGAGCUGAGAGACACUCUGCCCAGUUUUUGCCAAGCAAAAACAGAAUACUGCUGUUUAUUGAGAUGGGAAAGAUGGCAAGAAGAGCAGCUAUGGAGCAUGGACUGGACUUUCAGAGCAGCAGCCCUAAAGGAACCUAAACAUUAAGCAGAGCUGCCCUCAAUCGUUUAACCUGUGUGACUCUGCCUAUGACAGCCCCACCCACCCAUCUUCACUGGAUCCAAAUCAGGAGCAAGGCCGUUGGGGUACCUGGUGGGGGUGAUGCUGUCAGGGGAGGAGCCCAAAAGAGCAAGCCCAAAUUUGAAUGUGAAGGGCCAAUGCACUGUCAGACUGAGACAGAGAACCGUCAUUAAUUGAAGCAAGAUUUUCCUGGCCUGAGACUUGCAGGGAGCCAAGAAGACACUCUGGACACCACUAUGGACAGCCUCUUGAUGAACCGGAGGAAAUUUCUUUACAACUUCAAAAAUGUCCGCUGGGCUAAGGGUCGGCAUGAGACCUACCUGUGCUAUGUAGUGAAGAGGCGGGACAGUGCUACAUCCUUUUCACUGGACUUUGGUCAUCUUCGCAAUAAGAACGGCUGCCACGUGGAAUUGCUCUUCCUCCGCUACAUCUCGGACUGGGACCUAGACCCUGGCCGCUGCUACCGCGUCACCUGGUUCACCUCCUGGAGCCCCUGCUACGACUGUGCCCGACAUGUGGCCGACUUUCUGCGAGGGAACCCCAACCUCAGUCUGAGGAUCUUCACCGCGCGCCUCUACUUCUGCGAGGACCGCAAGGCUGAGCCCGAGGGGCUGCGGCGGCUGCACCGCGCCGGGGUGCAAAUAGCCAUCAUGACCUUCAAAGAUUAUUUUUACUGCUGGAAUACUUUUGUAGAAAACCAUGAAAGAACUUUCAAAGCCUGGGAAGGGCUGCAUGAAAAUUCAGUUCGUCUCUCCAGACAGCUUCGGCGCAUCCUUUUGCCCCUGUAUGAGGUUGAUGACUUACGAGACGCAUUUCGUACUUUGGGACUUUGAUAGCAACUUCCAGGAAUGUCACACACGAUGAAAUAGCUCUGCUGAAGACAGUGGAUAAAAAAGUCCUUCAAGUCUUCUCUGUUUUUCUUCUUCAACUCUCAUUUUCUUAGAGUUUAGAGAAAAAAAUAUUUAUAUACGACUCUUUAAAAAGAUCUAUGUCUUGAAAAUAGAGAAGGAACACAGGCCUGGCCAGGGACAUGCUGCAAUUGGUGCAGUUUUGAAUGCAACAUUGUCCCUAUUGGGAAUAACAGAACUGCAGGACCUGGGAGCAUCCUAAAGUGUCAAUGUUUUUCUAUGACUUUUAGGCAGGAUGAGAGCAGAAGGUAGAUCCUAAAAAGCAUGGUGAGAGGAUCAAAUGUUUUUAUAUCAACAUCCUUUAUUAUUUGAUUCAUUUGAGUUAACAAUGGUGUUAGUGAUAGAUUUUUCUAUUCUUUUCCCUUGAUGUUUACUUUCAAGUAACACAAACUCUUCCAUCAGGCCAUGAUCUAUAGGACCUCCUAAUGAGAGUAUCUGGGUGAUUGUGACCCCAAACCAUCUCUCCAAAGCAUUAAUAUCCAAUCAUGUGCUAUAUGUUUUAAUCAGCAGAAGCAUGUUUUUAUGUUUGUACAAAAGAAGAUUGUUAUGGGUGGGGAUGGAGGUAUAGACCAUGCAUGGUCACCUUCAAGCUAUUUUAAUAAAGGAUCUUAAAAUGGGCAGGAGGACUGUGAACAAGACACCCUAAUAAUGGGUUGAUGUCUGAAGUAGCAAAUCUUCUGGAAACACAAACUCUUUUAAGGAAGUCCCUAAUUUAGAAACACCCACAAACUUCACAUAUCAUAAUUAGCAAACAAUUGGAAGGAAGUUGCUUGAAUGUUGGGAAGAGGAAAAUCUAUUGGCUCGCGUGGGUCUCUUCAUCUCAGAAAUGCCAAUCAGGUCAAGGUUUGCUACUUUUUGUAUGUGUGUGAUGCUUCUCCCAAAGGUAUAUUAACUAUAUAAGAGAGUUGUGACAAAACAAAAUGAUAAAGCUGCGAACCGUGGCACAUGCUUAUAGUUCCAGCUGCUUGGGAGGUUGAGGAGGGAGGAUGGCUUGAACACAGGUGUUCAAGGCCAGCCUGGGCAACAUAGCAAGACCCUGUCUCUUAAAAAAAAAAAAAAAAAAGA